CCCUCAUUCUACCACACAGCCCUCAACGACCCAACUUUCGUGCAUCAUCCAAACCUCAGAGGCCCAGUCAUGAGUAAGUCCUAUUCAGCUUCUGCCGAGACGGCUUCCUCCUACCGCCGUACCUUUGGCUCUGGUUUGGGCUCCUCCAUUUUCUCUGGCCGUGGUUCCUCUGGGUCUUCUCGUUUGUCAUCCAGAGUUUAUGAGGUGUCCAAGACCUCUUCGGCUCCCAUUUACUCCAGCCACCGCGCUUCCAGCUCCUCCUUCGGUGGAGGCUCAAUGGUCCGUUCCUAUGCCGGCCUUGGUGAGAAGCUGGACUUCAAUCUAGCCGAUGCCAUGAACCAGGAUUUCCUCAAUACACGCACAAAUGAGAAGGCAGAGCUUCAACAUCUGAACGACCGCUUCGCCAGCUACAUUGAGAAGGUGCGCUUCCUAGAGCAGCAGAACCAAGCAUUGAUGGUGGAGAUUGAACGUGUGCGGGGCCGGGAGCCUACACGUAUCGCAGAGAUAUAUGAGGAGGAGAUGAGAGAGCUACGCAGACAGGUGGAUGCACUGACCAAUCAGAGAUCUCGUGUUGAGAUAGAGAGGGACAACCUGGCCGAUGACCUCCAAAAACUAAAACUGAGACUUCAGGAGGAGAUCCACCAGAAAGAGAACGCUGAGAACAACCUCUCUGCUUUUAGAGCUGAUGUAGAUGCUGCCACUCUGGCCAGGCUGGACCUGGAAAGACGCAUUGAGAGCCUCCAGGAGGAGAUUGCAUUCCUCAAGAAGAUCCAUGAGGAGGAAAUCCGUGAGCUGCAAAACCAGAUGCAGGAGACUCAGGUGCAGGUCCAAAUGGACAUGUCCAAGCCAGACCUGACUGCUGCCCUGAGGGACAUCCGUAUGCAGUACGAGGCGAUUGCUGCCAAGAAUAUCCAAGAGGCGGAGGAAUGGUAUAAAUCCAAGGUUUCAGAUCUGAGCCAGGCAGUAAACAAGAAUAAUGAUGCUCUGAGACAGGCCAAGCAGGAGUCCAUGGAGUUCCGUCACCAGAUCCAGUCCUACACUUGCGAGAUCGACUCUCUCAAGGGCACCAACGAGUCUCUGAUGAGGCAGAUGAGGGAGAUGGAAGAAAGGAUGGGUAAUGAGGCUGGUGGUUUCCAGGACACCAUUGCCCGCCUGGAGGGUGAGAUCGCUAAAAUGAAGGAUGAGAUGGCUCGCCAUCUGCGUGAGUACCAGGACCUGCUGAAUGUAAAGAUGGCACUUGAUGUGGAGAUCGCCACCUACAGGAAGCUUCUGGAAGGAGAAGAGAGCAGGAUUUCUCUACCUGUGCCAUCAUUUUCAAGCAAGAGUUUCAGAGAGACCAGCCCAGAGCAGCAGCACCACCAACAACAGCGCUCAUCUGAGGUCCACUCUAAGAAAACAGUUUUGAUCAAGACCAUUGAGACCCGUGAUGGCGAGGUCGUCAGUGAGUCCACACAGCACCAGCAGGACAUCAUGUAAAGUCCUUGAAGCAGAUUGAAUUUCAUCAAAUCUCUAACCCUAGCUUACAUUUUUACUGAUGGCCUUAGGUUUUCUUUGCACACCAAGCAUUGUCAUGACCCAUUACUACAGUAUUUGUGGAUGAACACAAUGAUGAAAGGCAAGUGAGCAAAAGAACAAGAGAGAGAGACGGUGAGAGAGAGAGAGAGAGAGAGAGAGAGAGAGAGAGAGAGUGGAAUCAGACCUGUAAUACACAUGCUGUGAGGAGUGGCCUUAAGUAAUCAGUUGAUCUCCAAGUUUCAGUUUGUAUACAUGUACGUGUGCACAUCUGGUUGGGUCUGAUUUGACAAAUUGUGUUCCACCUCUACAAAAAUUUAUUAAUAAAGAUUCACUGUUUUUUCCUCCUAAAAACUGAAUUUAAGGUUUCUGUGCUUUAGGGAUCAGACUCAUCGUACAUUUGCCAACAAUAAUUAGUGAUAUAUUUUUUCAGAAGUCAGAAUGACUAAAAGUAAUGCCUUUGAAAAAAAAUAAGUCAAAAUGCAUAUACUACACAUACAGUAUUAAACACAUAUAUGCAGAAACAGACAUGUUGUGUGAAUGAUGUUGGUAGAUGCAUUUCUCAGUAAAGCUCCACCUUCUGUCCUAAUUCAGCUUCCAGCUCUUUGUUCCUAUAGCAAAGGCAGCAGCAUAUGUGCAGAAAAACACCACUGCAAUCUUCCCUCUCUCACCUUAUAGUUACCUCACUGUGCACACACCGGCUAUGAAUACAUCAUCAUGAUCUUAAUUAGACUCCUUUAUAAGAGUUAACACUGACUUUUAGAAAGCCUCCAACACUUUUUUGUGUUUGUCUCUGUCUCCGUGCAAGGUAUGCUUGAAAAUAACAAAUGCAAGGAAAGAGGCUAAAAAUCUGGGAAAAUCUAUUUUUUUAUUUUGUAUUAUUUUAUACAUAGACUGAUCUAUAUUUAAGGAACAGUCCUGCAAUAUUAAUUUCCAUGUUGAUUUGUGAACUCUAAUAUAUCUUCCUAACAUUUAUAUGGAGAUAUAAGAAUGCAAAAAUUUCCAUUUUUGCAAUUUAUAGAAAUGAAUUGAAUUAAUUUUUAAUUAAAUCAACUUCAUCUGUGUAAUUCUGAAGGAUGCAUACACUUUUCUUCUCACUAGAUAAAACCCAUUUCUGGUUGUCAGUGUUAAUUGCCAUUGAAUUAAAACUGGGGUUCUUCCUCUAAAUGAUAUGACAAGAAACAUGCCACUCAGAGAUCUCAGACCUAUAAUAUCAGAGUACAAAACUAUAAUUGGGAGCAUUUAAUCAUGCUAAAACUAGCUACAGAUUGCAUCUUCUAAUCAAGAGUCCAUACCACCACAAAACAUACAUGCUGAGCAUGCACUUAUAAAUGAAAGAGAAGCGUUAGCAGCUCAGCCCCACUGUCUGAGACGACUCGAAAGAAAUAAACAGACGUGUCUCUGUUUCUUGAAGAUGAAUGAGAGCAUUGCAGAAAAGCGAGGAGAUUUUUACAGCUUACAAGAGUGCACUUUGAUAGAUCUAUGAUUUCAUUGAAAUGAUCAAAUCGCUGAAACUACUGUAUAUUCAUAGCUUUUUCCAUCAAUUUACAAUGAAAAAUAAAAUGACAACAGUAAUCCA